CGCGUCUCCGCAACCGACCCUGUUGUCACUGGACGACCCACAGCUGCAUCAUGGGAAAACAGAAGGCGCUUAUGGACAAGCUCGCAAGGACCUUUCAGAUCCGUCACAUGCUGCUACGCCAGGCUCUGGCAGAGUGCCUGGGAACCCUGAUACUGGUGAUGUUUGGCUGUGGUGCAGUGGCCCAGCUGGUGCUAAGUGGUGGCUCCCAUGGAAUGUUCCUCACCGUCAACUUUGCCUUUGGCUUCGCAGCUACACUGGGCAUCCUGGUCAGCGGACAGAUCUCAGGAGGCCACCUGAACCCAACGGUGACCUUCGCCCUCUGUCUAUUGGGGAGAGAACCUUGGAGGAAAUUCCCUGUGUUUUUCUUGUUCCAGACUAUAGGGGCCUUCCUGGGAGCUGGGAUCAUAUUUGGCAUGUAUUUUGAUGCGUUGUGGGACUACGGCCAAGGAACACUGAUCGUUGUGGGGGAGAAUGCCACUGCUGGGAUCUUUGCCACAUAUCCCUCCAAACAUCUCACUCUGGUUAAUGGAUUCUUUGACCAGAUUAUAGGCACAGCAGCUCUGAUCGUGUGUAUCCUGGCCAUUGUGGACCCCUACAACAACCCCAUCCCCCGGGGCCUGGAGGCCUUCACAGUGGGGUUCGUGGUGCUGGUCAUCGGCCUGUCAAUGGGCUUCAACUCAGGCUACGCUGUCAACCCUGCCAGGGACCUGGGCCCACGCAUCUUUACUGCCCUGGCUGGCUGGGGUGGUGAGGUCUUCACGGCUAAUGCCUACUGGUUCUUUGUGCCAAUCUUUGCCCCCUUCAUUGGUGCAGUGUUGGGGGUGAUGGUGUACCAGCUGAUGGUGGGGUACCAUGUGGAGGGAGAAGCACGGGAGAAGAAGGAAGAGGAGGAGAAGGAGGAGCAAGAUGAAAGGCUCAAACUGUGCAGCCUAACUAUCAAGGACAGUGCAUGAGUUCAUGAAUAUUCUUACCGUGACCCAUUUUAAACCCUCUUUAUGUACAUAAUAUAUAUGUGUGUGUAGUACACUCUUAGAAAAAAUGGUUUCAAAAAAGUUAUUUGACUGUCCUCAUAGGAUAAUCCUUUUGGGUUCCAUGUAGAACCCUCUGCGGAAAAGGUUCUACAUGGAAUCCAAAAGGGUUCUUCCAAAGGU